UGUUUGUAUUGAGUGUGAAAUAUAUGAAUGUAUAGUAAAUGUACAGUAAAUAGCAGUCAAAAAGUGUGGCACACAUUGACUAUAACACAGUGAGCGCCAAAUGUAUGGUAACUAUUGAUUGUCUUUUUUUAGUUAAAACUGAUCCAACACUUGGAAAGUCAAUUGAUUUUUUUUUGGGAUCAAAGACAACACAUCCAUACAUACAUUGAAGACAUCCCGACAACAACCGACAAACAAUGCCGGCCUCUGAUGUUAGUUCGCUAUACGAUUCGGACUUUGACGACAACAAGAAAAAGUCAUCGACGGCUAAACCAAAGUCGGGCAACGAAUCCGAUAAUAAAGAGUACGAUUCGGAUGGCAAUGAACUGUAUGUUGUCGAAGAUAUCCGAGAUAAGAAGCGUAUGUUUGUCAAGAAGACGGGUACUCACGAGUGGUUAUAUCAGAUCAAGUGGAAGGGUUACAGCGAAAAUGAGAUGACUUGGGAACCGAUCGAGAAUAUGGAUUGUCCCGAUAUAUUGCAGACGUUUGAGAGGAGAUGGAAAGCCAAACAAGAGAUGAAAAAACAGCGAAUGAGAGAUGAAGAGCGACGGAGAGGCGAAAAGUUUGUGUCGUCGUCGUCGACGAUGAGCUCACACAAGAAAGACAAGUCGUCGUCGUCGUCAUCGCACAGAAAGACUCACGAGUCGUACGACUCAUCGAAACCAUCGACAAGUGGUCUAAGCAGAGAUGAUAUCAGAAGAGCCGAAAAGAAAAAACGAAAAAAGUCUUCGGAUUCGGAUAAUAGCGACUCGGAUGGCGAUAACGAUAGUCACAAACGUAAGAAACAUAAGAAACAUCGCAAACAACGCCGCAGUUCCGAUGACUCCGACAACGAUUCAGACGACGACGAAAAGAAACGAUCGAAGACGAAGUCGUCGAAGAAAGCGAAGAGCGAUGAUUCGGAUUCGGAUAAUAAAAAAUCGGCGAAUAAAAAGUUUGAAAGCGAAGCCGAAAAGAAAAUUAUGUCCAAACCUGGACCCAAACGAGCAAAGGAGGCCAGACUACAGAAGCUGAAAGAAUCGGAACAAAAGACUAGUAGUAAACCAUCGAAAGAUAGUUCGGACGACGAGUCGUUGUCAUCGAAGAAGUCGAUUAUGAAGAAGAAGAAGGAUUCAGACGACAAUGAUUCAGAUGCCGUCGGCGACAAACAUAAGAAAUUGGAUGAAAAAGAGCCCGAAUUGGAUGAGACAACCAAAAAGAUUAUGUCCAGACCCGGUCCUAAACGAGCCAAAGAGGCCCGACUAUUGAAAUUAAAAGAAGCGGCAAAAGACUCCGACGAUAACGAAUCGAAAAAGACUGAAAAGAAAUCCGUUUCAAACGAUUCGGAAGAUUCUGAAGAUUCGUCGUCGAAGAAGAAGUCGUCGACAAAAGUACAGUCAGAAGAAAAAGUAGAAGAAGAAGAAGACGAGAGGACAAAGAAGUUAAUGUCCAGACCGGGACCUAAACGGGCAAAAGAGGCCAGACUUCAGAAGUUAAACUCAACGCCUAAGCCGACGACGACGACGAUUCCUGCCAUCGAUAAGAUUGUUACACAAGAAGAGGAUUCAAAUUCAUUCAAUGAAAUCGUUUCAAACAAAGACAGCGAUAGUAAUAGUAAUACUAAUAAAACUAGUGAUAAGAUAAAGUCAGUCGAUUUGGUGGACAGUGACAGUGAAUCAGUUGUUAGUAAAUCAAAUUCAACUGAAGAUACUAAGGAUACUAAAGACACGAAAGACAAGCCAUCGUUGAGCGAAAAAUUACAAAAAGUAAUGUCCAGACCGGGACCUAAACGAGCAAAAGAAGCAAAACUUGCAAAACUGAAUGAAAGUCUUAGCGAAGAACAACAGUCGACGUCGACGACGACGACGAAGAAAAAUGAAGACAACAGUAACUCUUCUACAACUACUACUAGUGACGAAAAAAAGAAAACAAGUGGUGAAGACAACAACAACAACAAGUCUAGUGAAGAGAUUAAGAUAAUCGAAGACAAUUCUAGUGAUGAAGAGAUUGUUAUUUCGUCGUCAAAAACAGUGUCUAAGACAACAUCACCGACAGAAAAGACAACAACAACGACGACUACUACGACAACAACAAACGAUGAAGAGAGAAGAAAAUCAAUAAUGUCGAGACCGGGUCCUAAACGGGCCAAAGAGGCCAGACUUAAGAAAAUGGACGAAAGUCUUAGCAAUAGUAGUACACCUAAUAAAUCCUUGUCGAUGAUAGCCAAUGAUGACGAUUCGCAGACUAAUGAAUCGGCGGCGGCAGCGGUACCGACGGCUGCUGCGGAAAAAAUUAACGGUCUGGGCGAUCAUAAUCGUUCAAACAGUACCGAUUCGUUGGACGCCAUAAUCAGUACGCCGGCACCGGAGGAAGAAUCAAUGGAAAUGGAACAAGAAUUGGAGGCAGAGAUAUCUACGGCGUCGGCCACUAAAGAUAUACCGACAUUGUUGACAAACGGUAAAGAUAUGACCGCUGACGGCAUACCACUUGAUGUUAUGCCAUCACUACUCGAUAAUGAAGACCCGCUAACAACUGCAUCGUUGGCCAAAAUCGAUCUAGAUAUGAAAAAACCGGGUUUCGUCGAUAAACGGCUGACCAUUAAACCGUAUAAUACCGAUAAAAAAGUGGACAAAAUUAUAUCCGCUUUCUAUUGCAAUGAAAGUAAACUAUGUUUUCUAUUGAAAUAUAUAUCAAACAAUCGAUGCGAUGUUGUCUUAGCUGAUGAUGUCGGCAAACACUGUCCUCAAAAAGUGAUAGACUUUUAUCAGUCAAAGUUACUGUUUAACUGAUAUUAUAUAAUAAUUGAAUUACAAAAGAGAAAUAUAUAUCACUGAUGAUGACUGUGUGUUGAAUAUGGUGUUUGUCAUUACCAUUAUUAUCAUCAAUCAAUCAAUCAAUAUGAUCAUCAAAUUUUUUUUUGUGUCCAUCAACUCGUUUAACGAUACUCCCCGCUCCUCUCCCCCACCCCCACCAAUUGGUCGUAUAUAUCUAUAUAUACUGUAUGUA